AUUUGGCUUACUCCACCCCUCUUGCCCUGCAUGAAAAUGCUCUCCAAGGCUGAGCGGGGUUAAGUUGGAGCUUGAUUGACGCUGUAUCUAUCUCGAAUUGGAGUUCGUCCUCGAUCAUCCCGCGUUGAUUUGCAUCGCUCUCUACGUUCUACUCAGUAUCGUCAUCACAUUCUUCACCUUCAACACAGAUUCCAACCACAAUGGGCAAAAAGCGCGUCCUCGUGAGCUACGGUGUCGAUGUUGACGCCGUAGCUGGUUGGCUUGGUUCGUACGGCGGGGAAGACUCGACGAGCGAUAUCAGCAGAGGUCUAUGGGCAGGUACAGUAGGAACACAACGCCUCUUGAAGCUUUUCGCCAAGUACGACAUCAAGACUACAUGGUUCAUUCCCGGACAUUCGCUUGAGACCUUCCCCGAAGAUUGCGCUGCGGUACGCGACGCAGGUCACGAAAUUGGGCUACAUGGCUAUUCGCACGAAAACCCCGCGGACAUGACUUUCGAGCAGCAGCGCGAUGUGCUCGACAAAACGUACAAAUUAUUGACGAAGUUUUGUGGAAAGCCGCCGAGGGGGAGUGUGGCGCCAUGGUGGGAGACAAGUAAGGAGGGAUGUGAUUUGCUCCUGCAGUAUGGUAUUGAAUACGAUCAUUCGAUGAGCCACCAGGACCACAAGUGCUAUUGGUUGAGGGCCGAAGAUAAGUGGACCAAGAUCGAUUACUCGAAGAAAGCAGAAGAGUGGAUGAAACCGUUAGUCAAGGGACAGACGACAGGGCUUGUGGAGAUCCCAGGUAGUUGGUACAUCGACGACCUCCCACCCAUGAUGUUCAUCAAAAACGCGCCCAAUUCUCAUGGCUGGGUGAACCCUCGCGACGUGGAACAACUCUGGAUGGACCACUUCGACUACUUUUACCGCGAGUACGAUGAAUUUGUUUUCCCAAUGACCAUUCACCCCGAUGUGUCUGGCCGACCACAUGUCCUGUUUAUGCACGAACGCAUCAUUGAGCAUAUCAACAAGCAUGAGGGCGUCGAGUGGGUGACUAUGGAGCAGAUGGCAGAUGAGUUCAAGAAGAACAACGAGGUCCCUGAAGGCGCAAAGAUGCCAGCGGCGGUUGGAGAGAUAUUGAAGUUGCAGAAGGAGGGGAAGGCAUAUUCGGCGUUUGAGUAUGAUGGGCCAAUUCCAGAAUAAGCCCUCUCGUUUUUGAAUAGCAAUGAACUCAUCC